AGAAACCUAACAGUUCGUGAAGUCUCCACACGCUUAUUACUCAGGAUUUAUGGAAUCUUUUCAGCUAGAACUACACCCUGAAAGAGGGCCGAUAUAUAUUUCACUCUUCAAAAAUGUCAAAAACGCUGUGGAGCUGCGACAACGUCUGCUAGACCAAGACGCUUCCCUUGCAUGGGCUCUAGUGAAUGCCUCUUUGGUAGUCAACACAUUUCAAAUCCUUCUAGCGAUUAACAAAGCAAUACACAAAGAAGUCACCGGAAAACUCAAAACACAUAAAAUCAACUCUGAGAUUGUUUACGACUUUUCAUCAACGAACAAUAUUUCCCAAUCAUUGCGGCGGUAUGGCGUGUCAGACGACAGUACAGCACUUAUUGCCAUCGCCAUUGGCGGAAAUCCCGGAGAUAUUGAGAAGGCGAUGCAAGCAGACAUCCACGGUGAACUUGUUCCACUAUCUAGUAUACCCGAGUUCAGCGACAUCAAAUUAAUCAGAAAGUAUUACCAAUUAAAUGACAACAAUAUUUCAGAUAAUAUUGAUGAACUGAUGCCUUUGAUAGCUGGUGCAAUGGCAUUAAAAGAAAUCAAGUAGAUUAGAGGACCUUUUAUACAACAUGUAGGCAAAUAAAACU